UGCAGCUUCUUUUCGCAUAAAGAAAAUGCGAGUAUCAGUAACGUCGUAAAGAUGCGCACCACGUUUACCCAUUUAAAAGUUUAAUCCCGUUCAUCAGUCAACAUAAACAAUACUGGGCCCAACAUACAUCCCUGUCUAACCCCUUUCUUGCACCUAAACGUCCCAACUCUAUCCCCCCCCCCUGUUACUUAAUGCGAGUAUUCUUCACAUUGAUUGCAUUUCAGCACUUAAAGCAUUAAGCAUGUUAUGCUCCAGACCAUUAGCAUUAACUACGUAAUAUGCCUUCUGUAAAACUACAUGGUAUACAGUUCAUGACUUUUACAUUGGAAUAUUUUCAGCUGAGAGAUCUUUUUUCAUGUAGUUUACCUCAAGAAUUCUCCUCAAGAUAGAUUUAGUCAGUUUAUCGUAUCAAUCGACCUUUCGUUGUGCUUUCGAAUACUUUGUAUGUGUUGUCAAAAAUAGUUCAGAUGCUAACGCAAUUAGAUGACAAAUUAGUGACAAAUAGGAUGAUUUCCGUAAAGUCACCAAGAAAAUGAGUAGUAAAAUUGGUGAACCAUACAUGGCUAAAAGGAUACAGUGAGUAUUAUUAGGCAUCAAAUGUAAAGCAAGUAGUCUCAAGGAAAGAAGAAAAACACAAGAGCCACCAGCCCCCCCUCCCUCCAUCCAUCUUCUAAGAAAUCUAUUCAAAUGGACAUAAGGGUGAUAAAUCCUUAUCUGGUAUCAAAGAGCAGUAGCGACAAAACUCUCCAUGAAAUAUUUACCAUAAAAUACUUUCCUUUGACAUAUUUUAGAUUUGUCAACUUCAAUUUGUGAAAAUGUUUCCAAAAUGAUCAUAAAAAAUCAAAUAAAGAGUUUUUAGCUUUAGUUGGAAUAAAGUAAAUAUUGUUUCUUCUGACUUUGUUUGCAUUGGAGACUUAGGCUGACGUCACCGAACGCCAUCUUUAUUCGUGAUUUGAGUUUCCCGCCAAUUUAGUGUUUUUUUCGUAGGUUUAAAAUUUACAUUAUUUGAUAAAAAUGAUGCAAAUUGACAGUGAAUACCAAUUGAUGAAAAUCAAAUCAACCCUCAGCAAGGAAAGGUUCAAGACUUUUGCUGAAAGAAACUUCGUAAGACUUCGGAGGAUGUAUCCGUUCUUGCCAGAACAACAACUGAAAAGCAAAGUGAAGUCUCUGUGGGCAAAAACGCAUGGAAAGUCUCGAGGAACAAUGAGUAGAAGAGAAAUGGAUACUUCAAAACAAGUCGAAAAGACUUCGAUAGAGAUUAAGAAUCCUACCACAGACCACUUUGAAUUCCAGAUGCAAGAAGCUUCAAAAUCCACCGUUUGUGACAAAAUUGAAUUACAAGAACAGCAAUCAGAAUGCGAGAGGGAAAAGAAGGAGCAUAAACAUCCAGACUUCUUGGUUGAUCUUUUCAGUGAUAGUGACGAAUCAGAACCCAAAAAUGAAAGCACUAUCUCUGGGAAUGAACAGACGCUCGAAUUUUCUGCAUUGUUCAAAGAUACUGGCAGUAUAUUUCUGUGAAAAAGUUUGUGCAAGAGACUUAACUAUUGAAUUUUUGAAUUUGUGCAUAUUUUAUGUAAUCAAGACUUAAUUGACAUAAUGGCAGAGAAAAUAUCAUUUUACAUUUGACAAAACGACGUACUUGCAUGCUCCGAGAAAUCUGUAUUCUUACAUUUUGACUGAGUCGGGGGUGCAAUCGAAUUCUAGGACCUGGGCAAGCGACCGAAUUUCCAGGUGCACUAAAAAGAAAUGUGUCAAUGCCCGUCUUCCAGACAUACACUGGCGGGAAGUUGUGACAUCACUUGAAGCACUGGCGGGAAGUUGUGUGGUCCCAGACAGAACAGCUGUGUGAAUACUGCUAUUAAUGCGCAUGUACUAUGACCCUGCGACAUUGUUUGGAAACAGAGGACGAAGGUUUUGUCUCUCGACCAAGUAAGAAAGAGGGUGGGCAGUCAUUUUCGUAGAUGAAGGUUUGACGUUGAAUGCAAGCUUUUGUAGCUUGAUGCAAAGUAUCAAGUAUAUACAUGUACUUGUUAAAUUAAAACCUCUGGACAUCUACCCCAUCCCAUUAUCUUUCUUGUGUCAAUAAUUGAUGUUAGAAUCUUGUUUAUGAAAAAUGAUAAAUAGUCAUGAUAAAUAGUCAAAGAUUCAUGAAACGCUCAAAAUACCGAGUUAAAUGCCCUAUUUUAACGCCGAGAAACACUGAGGAAAUCGUCAAAAUUUGCAUGUUUAUUUGCAAUUUAUUUUCAAUGAGAAAGUUAGAAAAGUGUAGAGUACAAUUAGAGAUUAUUAGUUUUUAGGGACAGUCAGAGACGGAAAGAAAACAAUACCAGUGGACAAAGGCGGCGUCACCUACUGCAGAGUGGGAGGGUAAUAGGCGUGGCCAGUGAGACCACGCCCCAUUUGCCCCGUUCCAGUGCUUUGUAACAGGCUAAUUUUCCUUAGGAAACCCCUACUUAGCGCUUUUAUGUCCGUUUUUAGACGAAACAUGUAAACUAU